AUGUCCGACUACACUCUCUACACCUACUUCCGCUCCUCCUGCUCGGGUCGCCUGCGCAUCGCCUUCAACCUCAAGGGCCUCGAGUACACGCCCGUCUACAUCAACCUCCUCAAGGGCGAGCAGGCCUCGGACGCCCACCGCGCGCUCAACCCCUCCGCCACCGUGCCACUGCUCGUCGCCCACCGUGACGGCGACCUGCGCAUCGGGCAGUCCAUGGCCGCCCUCGAGUACCUCGACGAGACGCACCCCGGGACCGCCGCGCUGCUGCCCGCCGACGCCAAGCCGCGCGCCGUGGCUCGCGCGCUCGCCAACAUCAUCGCCUGCGACGUCCAGCCCGUCACGAACCUGCGCAUCCUGAAGCGCCUGCGCGCCAUCAGCGGCGCCAACGCCGAGGAGUGGAGCAUCGAGCUCAUCCACGACGGCCUGCGGGCGUACGAGGACACGGUCAAGACGAGCGCCGGCAGGUACUCGGUGGGCGGCAGUGUCACGAUUGCGGAUGUGACUCUGAUGCCAGCUGUCUGGGGCGCGGAGCGCUUCAACAUCAGUCUGGACCCGUAUCCUACCGUCAAGAAGAUUGCGGCCAACCUGAGCGAGCUCCCGGCCUUUCAGAAAGCCCACCCCUUUGUGCAAGAGGACUGCCCGGAGGAGCUUCGCGUCAAAUUUUGA